GGGGGUUUAAGAUUUUAUUAUAUGAAACACAAAAAAAAGUUUGAGGUGGUUUUUCAGGGGGUUUUUGGUGAUCAGACACAACCCAGUUUCAUAGGACUUGUUAUCCAUGAGGGUUUAAGGAUCCCAAAACCCACUUGGACAAAAAAGAAAAAUCAUAGACUAUUCUAUCACUGUGACUGAAGGUUGUAUGUAUUAGGCUCAAGUGUGCAUAAAUUGUCGUCAAGGAUGGGGUGAAAUGGAGGUUCCUCAAAUACCCAUGUAAAUGUGUUCUGGUGUCUGCAAACUCAAGGAAGCUGGUUAUUUUCAUCUAAUGAUUUUUUCUUUUUGUAAUGAAUGUCUAAAAUAUGGUCUUGCAAAGGAGGAUAGAGUACGGUUUUGAUGGCUACCAGGUUCCUGUUGUUCCUCGAGCUUCAAGAUCAGUUAGGGGGAGGGGACCAAUCAGGAAGAAGUGUGAUGGCAAUCAAAUACAUGCAUUUGAAAUUUUAGCUAGUGUAGCUGGCAAUAUAUUGCAGGAGAGUGAAAGUUCUGUUCAAAGCAAUACUGCUGGAGUUAAGGAUCAGAAUCACAUUUUCCACGCUAACUCUAAAGGAGAGAGAGAAGAUGAAGGACGAUCAAUCAAGAAAGAUCCUUGUGAAGGGGAAAAUUUUGAUGAGAAAUCCUUUGCCUGUGUGCCAGGUUUCCAAGGGCACCAUAAAAGCUAUAAAUUAAAUGAAUUUUGCCAGGCCCAUGACAAUAUUAGUCAUAAGGUUGGUUCUGCAUCAAAUACUUAUGAUCAUUCAGAGGUGACAUGUUCUGCUGAGAAGUUGGCUACAAUCAGUAGGAAAAAUAAUUGUGGAUAUUCCUCAAGCAGAAUAGUGGGUGGACCCCCUUACUUUGGGGACUUUAAUGAAGGCAAACUAGGAGGUAUUCUUGAGAGUAAAUUAGAAGAUGGACCAUAUAGAAGUAGAAGUGGGAGAGACCACAGUCUAACUGUUGCAGGCAGUUCAGAGGAUCCAAUGAAACUGGACAGGGAGCCUCUUGCCCUGGUCGAUUCAGAAAGUGAUGUAAAGGUGACAUUGUCAAGGGACUGUGUAAAUUUUGUUCCUUUUCCCAGGCAUUGUGAUAAUAUGAAAGUAGUUAGUAGAGAUGAUGACGAAAAUUCUGUUGGGUGCACUCAAACCAGCACCAUAACGAAAGCCUAUAGGUCACCACCAGAUAUUCAACAGAGAAGAAUGAAGAAACUCUUUCCUUCCAGGCACUGGAGGAAAUCUCAAAAAUUGAAGGAUGGAAAAAAGAAGCCAAUUUACUGCACUGGGAGAAAUUUUCAUAUAGAUGAAAGACCACAGAAUAUCUAUCCUUUCAAAAAGAGGAAGUUCUUCAGUCAAAGUCCAAUAUCUGCAUCUGAUGGAGGAUUACACCAUGAAGGUGUAAUUAAUUUUCCUAACAAGAGAAUAAAUGGUGACAGCUGCUCUGCAGCAUUUGGAGCAUCAUCCUCAGUAGCAAGUCAACAAGUACCUCAUGAGUCCAAGGGUUGUGAUGUGAAGCUUAGCAUAAAAUCAUUCAAGGUUCCAGAGCUCUUUAUAGAGAUUCCUGCAACUGCAACUGUUGGUUCUCUCAAGAGGGCAGUUAUGGAGGCAGUGACUGCUGUGCUUGGAGAUGGAUUGCAUGUUGGUAUCGUGCUUCAGGGAAAGGAGAUCAGAGAUGACAACAAAAGUCUGCUUCAGACUGGGAUUUCUCAAGUUCAGAAGCGUCAUAGUUUGGGUUUUAUAUUGGAGCCCGGACAUACACAAAUUACUCCACCUGCAUGCACUGAACACCCUUCUAUGGUAUCUGGGGGCAAACCUCGCAGUUUAUCUAGGCAUUUGGCACCUUUGACGUUACAACCAGGAGCAUCGUAUGCAUCCCUAGAUUGCCAAUUGUUGAAUUCAGGUGGUUCAGUUGAAAGAGACCUCAAUAUUGUUCCCUCUCUUGCUGAUAGUUCAACUGGCAAUGCCAUACCAGAGACCCAGGCAUUGGUUGCAGUUCCAGCUACCAGCAUGGAGCCAUUGGCUGUGGUUCCAUUUGAUCAGAAAUCACAUCCUGAGUUUGUACGGCGCCGAAUCAGGAGACCAUUCUCUGUUUCAGAAGUAGAAGCAUUGGUUCAGGCGGUUGAGAAACUUGGAACUGGAAGGUGGCGUGAUGUUAAAUUGCGUGCUUUUGACAGUGCAAAGCAUCGAACUUAUGUUGAUUUAAAGGAUAAAUGGAAGACAUUGGUGCACACAGCAAGAAUCUCCCCUCAUCAAAGGAGGGGAGAGCCUGUUCCUCAAGAGCUUUUGGACAGGGUCCUAGCUGCCCAUGCCUACUGGUCGCAGCAUCAGGCUAGACAACAGCUCAAAACAGCUGAGGCAUUGUGUUCUUGAGAAGUACAAAGGAGCAUGUAGAAAAAGGGUUAGAGUUAGAUCUAUGGUUGUUAUUAUUAAGUGAAAGAUUGACACAAUAGAAAUUUUAUGUAAAUGAAAGUUUAUGCAAUAUGUUCAUAUUCACUUGAUCCACAAAUCAGCACUCUUUUCCUUAUGAAGGGUUGGUUGAUCUGUACAUGAUUUAUUGAAGAAAUGGCAGUAUGCUUAGAAGUCACCAAAUUCACUGUAAA